UCUUCUUCCUCAUCAGCCUCCUUCCUCAUCGUCAGCAUCGGGGGGACUCUGGUGGGCCUGGUGUUUGCCGUCAUCCUCGGCUUCAUCACUCGCUUCACGAAGAAGGUUCGGAUCAUCGAGCCGCUCUUCGUCUUCCUGCUGGUCUACCUCGCCUACCUCACCGCUGAGCUCUUCUCCUUAUCCUCCAUUCUGUCUAUGACCUUCUGCGGUAUCGGUGCCAACAAAUACGUGGAGGCCAACAUUUCCCAGAAGUCUCGUACGACGGUGAAGUACACGAUGAAGACUCUGGCCAGCAUCGCUGAGACCAUCAUCUUCAUCUUCCUGGGGAUCUCUGCGGUGGACAAGUCCAAGUGGGCCUGGGACACAGGCCUGGUGUCCUGCACGCUCGUCUUCAUCUUCGUCUUCAGAGCUGCAGGUGUGAUUGGUCAGACCUGGGUUCUGAACCGCUUCCGCCUUGUCCCGUUGGACAAGAUUGACCAGGUAGUGAUGUCGUACGGUGGCCUGCGAGGGGCGGUGGCGUUCGCUCUGGUGGUGCUGCUGGACGGCGAGCAUGUCAAAGCCAAGGAUUACUUUGUCGCCACGACGAUUGUGGUCGUCUUCUUCACUGUCAUGUUUCAGGGUCUCACAAUCAAACCUCUGGUCAACUGGCUCAAAGUCCCCCGUCAAACCAGCAGGAAGCCGACCAUCAACGAGAGAUCCACGAGAGGGGAGGCCUUUGACCACAUCCUGACAGCAGUGGAGGACAUCGCAGGUCUUCAGGGAUACCACCACUGGAGAGACAAAUGGGAGCAGUUUGAUAAGAAUUACUUGAGUAAGCUGCUGCUGAGGAAGUCUGUGUACAGGAAGAGUGAACUGUGGGAAGCGUAUCAGAAGAUCAACAUCAGGGACGCCAUCAGUGUCAUCGACCAGGGUGGGAACGUCCUGACCUCAGCCAGACUGUCUCUGCCCUCGAUGACCAGUAGAGCGUCGUUCCCCGAAGUCACCAAUGUCACCAACUACCUGCGUGAGAACGGCAGCGGUGUGUGUCUGGACCUCCAGGUAAUUGAUAACGUCCCUGGAGCCAAAGUGGAGGAAGACACUGAGACGCAUCAUGUCCUCGCAGGAAACCUGUACAAGCCCAGGAGACGGUAUCAGCCCCACUACAGCCGUCACUUCAUGCCUCUGGGGGAGAAGGAGCGUCAGGAUCGCGAGGUGUUUCAGAGGAACAUGAAGAGCCGAAUGGAGACGUUCAAAUCCACCAGACACAAACGGCAUAAGAAGGAGAGGAGCCUGAAGAAGCGCCGAGGAUCCGACACCAAGGAGGACGGAGGAGACAAACCCCGACGCAACGUCAGCUGGCAGGACAAGAAUCCGGUGGUUGUUCCCGUGGAGUCGGAGGAGGACGGAGCUGAUCAUUCAGACCCUGAGAAGGAGGAAGACGUUGGGAUCACCUUUGUCGCUCGCAAGCCAGAGACACCAAAACAACGACCAAAAUCAGUCCCUGCAGCUCUGGACGGCUGUGAGAGUCCAUCAGUGGCCCCCCCCUCGCCCCCCACUGGAGACAGCCACCUGCCGUGGAAGGGCAGCGUGGGCUCGCCCCCCCCCUGCGUGUCCGUGGAGGCCACAAAGAUCAUCCCUGUGGACCUGCAGCAGGCCUGGAACCAGAGCAUUUCCUCCCUGGAGAGCAUCUCGUCCCCGCCCGCCCCCGCUGAGCCCGUCCACCCGCGAGUGAGCGCCCUCUCCAGACUGGGAGGCCCCCGCCCCGCCUCCUACACCCCGCCGGGCAGCACCACCUCCAUCGGGGCCCAGGCGGUGUCGCAGACCUUCUUCUGCCUCCCGGAGAAGAAGAAGGAUGAGGAGGAGGAGGAGGAGGAGGAGGAGGAGGAGAUGCUGCAGGAGAUGCAGCCGCUCAUGUCGUCUCUGAGGCCCCCCGGCUACCUGCCGCCACCCCCGCCACCGUCCGGCUCCGCCCCCGGCUCGGGGAGGAGGAGGAACCCCUGUGUCUACCUGAGGAGCCUGGUGACGGCGCCGCCUCCUGGCAGCGAGCCGCACAGCCGAGGCCCCACACAGCUGUGAGAGAAACAUCCAGCGCCUGCAGAGCGGAGCAACACACACACACACACACACACACACACACACACACACACACACACACACUGAGCAGAAGUUAGAAAUGAGGUGAAUUCUGAUAAGAAGCUUAAAUAUAAAGAUGUUGUCGCUGUAGGAGCAGCUUAUGUUUAUGAAUUAUACUCUUUCAUAUGUAACACCUAAAACUUUACACAACACGUGUCAUACAAUCCUGCAGCCCAGAGAUUCAACGAAGAAGAAGAAUCAUUUCAUAUCAUAUAUAAUAUAAUAAGAUUGUUUGUGGCACGGUGAGUUGAGUAUCGCUGCUUCACUGUAAUGACCCUAACAGCAGGGUCAGAGGUCAGAGGUCACCUCCUGCUUCACCAGCCACCUCACACCACCAGCUCAGAUUUUCAGAAUAAAAGUACACGCAGCUGAUUUUAUACAUUUAUUGUUUUUUCUGUUGACGUGUUUUUAAUGACGUCACGCUCAUCUCGUCAGAAACGCUGAACGUUUUAAUAAUCUCAAUAAUCUUUGUUAUUGAUCCCAGAUCCUCCUCGCUCACAGAAACAACUCAACGCUGCUGCUCUUCUUUAAGUCUUAUCUGAUAACUGGGGGGUGAAACAUUUCACUCACACAGGGCUGUGAUCUCAGCAGGUAACCUGGUGAGCAGGAUAGAGUCCAGCGCUUCAACAAGCCUCACCUGUAAACAUGCGUCCACAUUCAUACUUCAUAUUUAUUCUGCUCGUGUCAAAUCUAAAAAUGUAUUUUGUAAAGCUGCAAAUAUAUAAAAUCUACAGAGUAGUCUAUUUUGAACCACCAAAGUGUAAAAAGGAGCUUAAAGAAUAUUUAUACAGUUUGUGUGUGUAACUGCCUUACUCUAUUGUGUGUGUGUGUGUGUGUGUGUUUCUGUUGCCAAAGACUGUGUUCGCCUUAAUGUCCGAGCUGCUUUCACACUUCAGUCUGACUACAGUCCCGAGUAAUACGAUAUUAUAGUUGAUGUAAAACAUUAUCACGUGUUGUUACAGCAGGACGUAACAUUCACAGAGACUCAGAUCAAAGUUAAUAUUCUCUGAUCAAUACGAUAAACAACAUUAUUUAUAAAGACAUCACUUUAUAAAUAAUGGAAAUAUUCUACAACAAACAUAAUGUCGAUUAUAAUCACGAAAACUUCCACAUGACUUGAACGCACCACAAGUCCUUCGCUGUGCACGAAGGGAUUUAUUUCGUGUUUCCUUUCAUCCUGCAGCACUGUGUUGUAACAACAGCUGCUGCUGGUACAGAGACCGCCCUUGUG